AGUCGGGCAUGAGUUUCCCCACGUUCACCCCUGGCAGACCUUCCCCAAUAUCUGUGAGAGGGAACACGACCUUCCUGGUACGCGGAGGCUGGGGCUUAUGAGCUAUUGUGGCGCUUUCGGGACCCCCCAGCCAUAGUGGGACGCGAACAUCCUUGCGGCAUUGGUAACGCGUCUUACUGAGCGAUCUACUUCCCUUGUGCUAUAAGGAUGUCGCCUGCUGCAGCAGGCCUGUAGUAUACCGAACAAGGAAUUAGUGCGACGAGUGACUGGAUUCACCUGGAAAAAGACAUCGGAUAACACGCCAUGUCAGUGGAACGGAUCUUCAUCUCCUUCCUGGAGUAUCAGAAGACUUCGGACGCUGAGUACCAGGAGCAGCUGAAGGCUUUGGCGCAUUGUAUAGACGGUGACGGCGACUUGGAGACAGACGGCCAUGCGACCAUCACAUCAAUUUCUCCCGAGGGAUCGCCGGAUGUGGAUGAGGAUCUUCUGCGCAGAAUUGGCGCUCAGCUGGCACAGAUGGGCGACCAGUUUGAGCGGGAAGGGAUGAUAGACCCGAAGGUGAUAGAGACCCUAAUUAACGACAUUCUGAAUGAAUCGCUGACGGAGGACCGGUUUGCAGCAGCCGUGCAGUCCGUGCUGAACAAGCUGCCACCCGGCAUUGAGCAGGAGAAGGCCUGUCUGGCGGUCGCCAUGAAUCUCACCAGCAAAGUCGGCCGCAACAUUCCCGGCUUACUGCAGAACUGCUUCUCCACCGCUGUGACCUUCAUCCAGAGGAACUACAUGUCCUAUGUACAGCUUCUGACCCGACAGAGGUGAAUGUGGAGUCCGCAGGGUCGAAAGCUGGAAACGGUGACGCAUCCUCACUUUUACUUUUUACCAAAGGGACAACUGCGACCAUUGUUUUUUUUUUUUGUCAUUUUUAAGCAGCGCCCCUCCAUCCCCCACCCUGACCUCCGCAUCAGAUCUUGUGGAACGUGACUCUGUUCUCGGCAAUACUGUCCCAUUUGUCUUCCGCUGUACUGCCUGGUAUCAAUCGUACUUCCAUAACCAUAUUCCUGCUUGUAUUCAUGUCCCUGCACGUUGGGAACAACCAUGAUAAGAGCCAAUCUAAUGACUAGUAACAGCUGAGGCAUGAGGCACAACGUGCCUCAUGAUAGGCUUGAUCACUGGCUCAGCUAUAGGGUGGAUGGGUGUCCUCACCGUGCAGCGUGAACACUGAAAUAUCGUUUUGUACGGCGAUAGUUGUUUGACAUGUGAAAUAGAAAACCACAUUGACUGUGACUUUAGGAUUCCUAUUUGUAGUUAGAUGUUAAGGCAUUCUAGAACUUGUUUUGAAGUUGAAGAGAAAAUACUUUUCUUUCUCCAAGAGAAUUUUUGUCUCCAGCUAUUAAAAAAAAUCUAAAAUGUAGUCGAUUUUGUUACAUUAAAAAUAUUUCCAGAAAA